AUGGCAGCCCGGAUCAUGUGCAAUGGCUGCGGAUCUUGCACCACCGAGGCGGUUGUUGAGGAGCCCUGUUGUGGAUGCGCCUGUAUCCCGUGUCGGUAUGGCAUCCAGCCCAGUGAGCGUGACGACGAAUUCAAUAUCAUUGUGAUUCACGGCCAGAACUUGGACCGGAGAGAUCUGCUGGGAAACGAGACCUGUGGACUCCAGGACGCACAGUGUUUGGGAUCGGACGGCAAAGCCGGGCUGAUACAACGACAAGCCACAAGGCCCCGCUCGAUAAACCUUACACCAAAGUCCCUGACUAUCUGCAAGAGCAAGGUUAAGGGACCCGUGUACCCCUCAUAUCCCGAGCAGGGACCGAACGCCCCUUUGGGGCCUCAGGAUUUCGAUGCUUACAGACAUACCACAGGAAUCAUCAAGUAUAUGCAUAACUCGUCACAGUCCUGCACCAACUGGGGGUGCGUAAGUUUCCGAACUCGGAUACCGUUUGGAAUAGUGUCGCCAACGUCAGACACUAUCACGGAACAUCCGUUUGAAGCCCAGACAAUCUCCCGAUUCUUCAACGUUCACAUGCAGAACGACGCAGCAGUCACUCGUGACUGCCCCUGGACCAUCUCUUGGAUUCUCUCGACGGCUCCCUGGGCCGGGGCGACAUUGGAUGUUGCCAAAUUGAUGAGUUUUGAACUCGGAAGUAAGGAUCGGAGAGACCGUCUGGCUGUCUUCCUUACCGACUCCAACUGGAUGAAAGGGAGACUCGCGAAGGGUAAUUCCCCUAUCAGUCAAGAUCGCUGGAAGAACAUGAACGCUGGAGACGAGCAACUGGCGUAUCUUAAAGAGCUUGGAAUGAUCUUCAGCUAUUGGAAUCAUCCUCAGGUGUGGAACUCGUAUUGUGACAGUUACAAUGCGAUGCGCGAUGUGCUGGUUCGGUUUGACAGCUGGUACACUGCCAAUCAGGGGCCGAGCGAUCUCACCGGGGAGUGGGAGAAGUUCAAUAAGCGCGAGCUGAGGCGGAUUGUCCACGAAGCGAGGGCGUCGGCGCAAUUACUCCAGGAGACUCGCAAGCCGGUACCGGGCUUCUGGGGGUGGUGGUGGACACUCAAGUGGAAGGGACUGCUCACUUAUUUCCCAGGGAACAUCCUGUAUCAGUUUGACACGAUCAAGCUGGAUCAGACCUGUGUGAAUUUGCAGUAG